AGCUGCACGUGAACUGGAUUACAUUUAAUCUACUGUAAAUAAUUCCUAUCAACAAAAGGGUCAACUUCAAAGCAGUAAAGCUGUUACUAAGGAUGUUUCCCGCAAACAGGACGACCACGGGGUGCCUACAAAUCCAAGGUCAGCGACUACACACUUUCUGUGGAAACUGAUGCCAUUUAGCUCUUAGAAACUGUUGGGAUGACGAGGGAUGACUAAAUAUGUAUUUCAUUCUACAAUUCUAUCAAUYUUCACUUUUUUAUUUGUUAAAAAUUAAUGAAAUUUAAACAAGGGGGAAAAGAAAUAAGUUCCUGUGAAGGAGCGUAAGAAAAGACCUGAAUACAUUUUCAGAUAUUAAAAAGUCAACGACUCACAUGUAUUGUGAAUAUUUUUAAGAAAACUGAUCUCCUGUGCCUGGUUAGUCGUUCUUUAAGUGUAAUAGAUCCAUUAAUUAAGAUGUUAAAUAGGGAUAAAUUAAAGUUCUCAAAAAAUAAUAAUAAUUUUCUGAUGAUGAGCAUCUAUUGAUUUCUAUACACUGUAUUUACUGCUUCUUCCGUGKUUCGCGCUUGGCCGUGUAAACAUUUCUUCUGCAUAAUUUUAGAAGACUGCAUUGAUCGAUACUUUUCCUUUUGAAAAAAACUAUUGUUUACAAUUACUAUGAAUAAAUGAAUAGCAAAAUMUGAGCUGCACUAAUUUUAAGUGUGAUCUUAACGGAAUAUUUUAGAAARCACAAAAGAUAAAAAAGCGCGGGAAAACAUGACUGAAUUUUGGCGGGCGCGCGUCGUCGAUUUUCUUCUUGUUUAUCAAAUUUAUCCAUACUUAUCGUACAAUCAAAGCUCCCGUAUUCAAAUAUCAAUGCAUAAAUAAUGUAUUGAUCGUAAACUGAUAAUUUUGAAAGUCAGUGGAUUUAAGUUUUAUUUAUACAAUAAUAUUAAACUUUCGCCAACUAGCGGUCAACUAAAUUUGCUUUUAUCAUAACAAAAGUCGAUUUUGCUGGUAUAUUAUAAUGUGUCAUUGUCAGUCUGAGUUUCAAUUGAGAUCUAGGUUUAAGGAGUUCAUAAUAAGGCUUAUUAAGUAUUAUAACUCCACAUUGGAGUUCUGGCAGCCAUCCAUCAAGCCACGUGUAGGAGAGAAAUGUAACCGUUUUUACACUAUUUGAAUGAGAAGAAUUAGGUUAAGUUCAGUUACGUUUUACAUAUURUUWUUUUUUAUUUUUAUURUUAUUCUUAUCUAGUCUACUCUGUUUGGCAGAUGUGCAAUUCUAUGCAACAAUUGCAGGACUGCAGGACUCAAUUAAAAAUGUAACCCCCAGAAUGUUUCCGUCAAAAUCUGCAUCUUCAUUGAAACCGAUUCAAUUGAGGUGUACUUUUGAUUUAAUAUACCAUAGCUCAUAAUUCAUAUAAAUUAAACAACUAAGAACAACUAAGUACAUGUUAAACUUUUCAAGAUAAAGAAGCUGUCCGUAUAGUCUGAACUGGCUUAAAAUCCGUACUAAAAUAACAACAGCUGCAGCUAAAAAGAUUGUUUAUCUACCUCUGCUAAUGCAGAUCCUAGCUGAUCMUUUUCACAGUUGGAUUCUGUGUGAUAAAAACGGUAAAACUGUACAGAAAACAAAGCAAUGAAAAACUCUAUUGUUAUGUUAAGACAGUUUGUAUAACGGUCAAACUGCUAAUUAUUGAAUAAAAAUAGACGUCUUUCACGACAAUUCAGUUCAUCAUUGAACUUCAAGAAGAGCACACCAAGAUGACAAACUGCCGAAGCUUGGCUUUGCUUUUGAGUUUCAUAGCUGUCCUUUUAGAAGCAAGAGUUCUGAAACAGGAAAAAAUUCACACUCUUCUCUCAGACGAUGAAGUGGAAAAAGUCUUUGGAACUUCACCAAACAAAGUUCCUGAAUAUGACGUUGUACACCCUGUUUUACUGAACGAUCAAGGUGAAUUCCUGUCACAUGACGUAACCCAUAACGACAAAAGAGAAGCACCAAAAAAUCUUCAUUUUGGACUGUUAGCAUUCGGGAAGCGAUACCAUUUGGACAUGAAAUUGAACACCGAUCAGCUUUUAGCACCGGGCUUUGUAACUGAAAUACGAAACAAUGGCGAAUCUCGGUACGACCGAUCUGUUGAUGACUGCCAUUAUCUUGGUCACCUGGUAACGGAUCAGGGACCUGGUGACAAGGUGGCUCUUAGUAACUGUGAUGGACUGACUGGAAUGAUACAAAGCAAAAGAGAGGUUCUUAUGAUAAGUCCUCUUCCAAAAAGACUGGGGCUUACYACGCCUACCCACGUGRUUUACAAACGUUCCCAUGRCGAUGCUGCAAAUCUUGGUCGRCAGUUAGGAAUAGACGUCAGAUCAAUGCCAAUAUCAAAGAAACAAGAACCAUCCAAUGACGACGGUGAUCAAGAAGACGAUGUGUACUCAACUCAAUAUUACAUCGAGGCACUUGUUGUGACCGACGUUAACAUGAAGGCGUAUCACGGAAGUGUCCAGCUAUUGAAGAAAUACGUUCUCACUCUCAUGAACAUAGUACACAGUCUAAUCGGCGGCCCUUCUAUUGGUGUAAACAUGAAGUACGUUCUAAAAAAGAUGCAGAUUUUAGAGACAUAUGAACCUGGAUUUCACGUCAGUUCUCAUGCUACMGAAACAUUGUCACGAUUCUGCAAAUGGACAAGUGGGCAAAAAGCUAAUUUAAAAGAUUCAGACGAAAGCUAUUUUGACAAUGCUGUUCUCAUAUCAAGAACUCCAUUUUGUGCUAAAAGCUACGACCCCAAAUCAGCCAGCUGUAACUCAGUACUUGGACUGGCUGAUCUCGGCGGUAUGUGUGGCGCUACAACCAGCUGUGUACUAAACACUGAUAACGGCCUKGGUACUGCUUUUACUAUCGCUCACGAAACUGGACACAAUCUUGGUGCAGAGCAUGAUGGAGARGGGAAUAAUUGUCCUGAUGCUGUGAAUAUCAUGGCAAGAAAAGCUUCUGGAAAACCCACAGGUUAUCAAUGGUCUAGCUGCAGUCGCGAUUACAUCGUAAAGUUUUUAAGUGGRAGUCGRUCAUCAUGYCUCAAAGAUAAACCAGGUCAGUCUGUAGAAAUACCAACCGAUUUACCUGGACAAGAGUAUAGUCUUGAUGAUCAGUGYAAGCUCAUGGUCAAAGGAUCAACUGGAUUUUGUAAUAACCCUGAUAGUCUGAAAAAAGCUUGUUCGACCUUGUGGUGCUCGAAGGGAAAUGGUUGUCAAACUAUCAACGAACCAGCAGCCGAGGGAUCCAAAUGUGGCCAAGAUAAAUUUUGUAGACGAGGAAYGUGUGUUGACAAAUCGGCUUUCGGGAAGAAUGGUCCUAAACCUGUCAAUGGAGGAUUUUCAGCUUGGUCUGGUUGGGGUAAAUGUUCUCACWCUUGUGGGGGUGGUGUUAUGGUCAGAACCCGUCAGUGCGACAAUCCAAAACCCAAGAACUUCGGCAAACCAUGCAUGGGAGCCUAUAAAGACUUUAAAUAUUGUGUUAACGAGAAAUGCCCGUCAUCUGCUACAGAUCCACGCAUGAAGGCUUGCAUUAGUAAAAGAAAUAUGCGUUUCUCUGGAAACAAGUUGUAUGACUGGGUUUACAACCCAAAGAGACMAGUAGCAGCAAAAGAUCGAUGUAAACUGACUUGUGAAGCACCAGCUUCUGGUUCUAGUUAUACGUUUUACACAUUUGGUGCAGUAGAAAAUGGUCUCAGAUGCGAUGGCAAAGGACCGAAGGGUGUUUGUGUAAAUGGYGCUUGCAAGGAAUUGGGAUGUGACAAUGUGAUUGGUUCUAAAGCAAAGCUCGAUAAAUGUGGUGUGUGUAAUGGUGAUGGUAGUGGAUGUUCCUUGACAAGAAUAUCGAAUGCGUAUAACAAAGUUCCUGACUACAAUGGUCCUGAAUACCAGACCAUUACAACCAUACCCGCUGGAGCGGAAGGAAUCCUUAUCCGUGAAGUGUCCAACUCGAAGAAUUACUUAGCCUUGGAAACRACCUCAAAGCAACCAAUCCUGAACAUGAACCAGUAUGUUAGUGGKGGAAGCGAGACAUUGAACGCYGCUGGAACAACAUUUGUGUAUACACAAAAUGGAGAUAUAGAGAUGAUUACUGCUGCCGGUCCUCUGACUCAAGGAAUUAUUGUCAAGUUUCUUCUCGAUUACACCGACUACGACAAUUACUACCCUAACUAUAAAGCUCCCAAAUAUCACGUGGUCUAUAAGUACAAUCUGGUAUCCAAGUCAGCGUCAAGUGAUGAUAUCUCCAAAGACGCACAAUGGUCCGUGAAGGAUUGGCAGGACUGUAGCAAGACAUGCAACGACGGUAGUUUAGGUCAGCAGUCUCGCGAGGUCAUGUGUGUAAUGCAGUCGAAUGGAGAAGAAGAAAUUCUUGAUGAUUCUGAUUGUAAAGAGCCUAAACCUAAAACAGUACAGUCGUGUGGACAUGAAGAAUGUCCUGCAGAAUGGGUGAUAGUGAAAACAUCUCCU